AGAUUCCGUGCCCCCUUCCAAGUGAUAAUAGCACUUGCGAUGACAAGGAAGUAGUUCGCUCAUCCCUGUUCAUGCAAUCCAGCCAUGUAACAGGGUAAAGAAGGGAGGGGGAGCGUCUGAAAUGAUGUUUAAUCAAUCUUUACAGUGCACAGGCUAGCCCUCUCAAGCCUCAAGAAAGCUACAAUAUUGCAAACAAAAAGAAGAUCUUGCAGCUCUCUUUAUGAUCGUCCUCUCCAUGCUUUCCCUCUCCACUCACUUGUCGCAUGCCCCAUGGCCUUGUGCCAAGAAAAGCAAACAGCACGAGAUGCAAUAAAGAGAUUACAUGUCCAUUUCCAACUGUAAACCAGCAAUGAAUAAUGUAUCCCCGCAAAAACACACACAGUCAAAAGUUAAAGAAGAUAAAAACAUGUGCCACAUCUUUCUUGGUUUACCCCAAGACACACCAAUUCACCACAACACUAUGAUGAGUGCUAGGAAGAAAAGGCGAAGGAUAAACAAGUCUAAGUGGUGGGUGAGGCAAUCACCAUGAUUGUACCUGUGCUUCUAUAUCCAAUCAUCUUUUCCCAAUUACCCUGCAUAACCCAACACACAUAGCCCCACCUUCAAAAAUCAAAAUAUAUUGUCAUAUCCCCACUUUCUUAGAUGCAAAGCAAUAAACCAUAAUCAUUUUGUGAUAACCACACCCUAUUAGCACUACUAUGUACAGGCUGAUUUCCUCUCCUUCUGUUUCCUUUUUGUUCUGAUACCAGCCCAUUACUGGUAACAGGCACAGCUACAAGGUUGGUUGGAUAUGCAUGGUAUAUCAAUAUAUAGAGAGAUAUAUCAAGUUUGACCUUACUGACUGUACUCCUGGCGGCCUCAGGGAAGAACAGGUGCACUUCUUUAGUGUGCUCUUGCUAUGUACCCUCAAGGAACAUCAACGACAAAGGUGAAGAAAGCAACAGGAGCAACAAUACUAACAAGGGAUCCUUUGCGGAAGAGAGAGAAUAUGUGGUCAUGGAAGAAGCCAGUAAUAAUGAUUCAGUACAAGAUCAUCAAAUGAGCAAUGGUGGGAGAAAUAUAAGAAGCAAGACCGCUAGUGGGUCUAAUAAUGGACCUCUCUUGGAAACUUCUCCUCUCAAGAGUACUCUCAAGAAAACUACUAGUGCUGUAGUUGGGGAAAAUCAAGCAAGGAAAGAUCAUCAAAAGAGAAAAGUUAGUUGGCCUGAUAUUGCUCAUGGAACAGAUAUUGCUCAUGUUCUUGAAUUUGAAUCAAGCACCUCUGAUGAUGGAGAACUUGAAGGAGUAAGGAACUCUUGUGUUUGUACAAUUCAGUGAACAAGAAAUCCAUAGGUACCACUCUUUAAUUGCUCUUUACUGAUUCAAGGAGUAUCUUCAGGAUCGUAUAUAUCUUGUUCCUCCUUCCCUUGGAAAAAAAAAAUAAAAAAUCAUUAAUUAUACUUUUGAUCAUUGGCUCAAGAACCAAUUAGGUGCAUGUCCUUGUUGAGUGCAAUUUGGUUGAAAUGUGGAAGAUGGCUCAAAAUAUAAUCACAUGCAAUGCCUUCCAUGAGCCAACAAUGCAUCUUCCCAAGAGAUGCACAAUGACCCUCGAAGACUUUGAAGUUUUAAUGGCAGAAGGCACAGUAUGACAUUAUAUACUGAGAAUCUAGUCCAUGACCUCA